GUAUUAUUCAUUAAUUGGCAUCCUUCUCAGAUCGAUGGAUUGGCCAAGUUCACAAAUGUCAAGUGCUCUAGCAUGGAUCCCAACAUCAGCGUGUUCACAACUUGUCGCCUUUAUGCGGUUAAGCGAGACGUUGUCGAGAUGAGUUUGCGGGUAAAGAUCUUGCAGUUUCCCAAAAGGCCAGUUGCGAUGCGCAUUCAGCUGCUGAAGCGUGCCAGCGGCUAUAAGCCCUUUCUCUAUGACGUCAAGCACUGCAGUAUGUGCGAGUAUCUGGAGAAACGGAAUCAUCCGUUUGUGAACAUUGUCUUCAAUAGCUUCGCCAAUCAUACAAAUGUGAACAAGUGUCCCUUGCCCGUGAGUUGUGCGAGUGUAGCAAAGGCUCACCAUGCGUAUACUUGA